AUGUCACUCAAAGAAAUCAUGAAAGAUGUUAAUGAUAACCUUGCGAAAGAGAAAAAGAAACGAGCCAGACUGAAAGACCUGGACCUCAUUGUGCUAGACAACUCACUUCGUGAGAGCACUGUGGGUCAGCUUCGUGGGCACACAUUGGAAAACAAGCGUAGGAUUUACGAUGAAGUCAGAAAGUGUGGAUUCCAAUUCAAGAUUGUGGCAGCCUAUUCCCAUAUGACACGCGUGGAUGACUACUGGGUCGCUGCGAUCGUCCGUGAUUGUGAGGAAGGCAAAGAAGACCUGGGUAACCUAUUUGCAUUCAGUGAGUUUAUCGAGUCGAUCUCUCAAGGUAUUCCUGACACCAAAACUAUUCCAGUGGGUCUGAGAAAGAUGCAAGAGCAGGGAUUGAUCAAUCCUAUCAUAGAGAUAGAUUUGGCCAUAAGAAGUAUCAACUGGGAAAAAUUCACCACGAAGGACAUGUGCCUACUGCUGACUGAAAGAUUCAAAUGGAGCCGAAAAUAUCUGUCCCCAGAUGCCAAGAUCCUGGUAAAUCUAAGAGACUUUCCAGACGCCAUGGUCUAUGAAAUGGAACGACUCUUACAGGUUGUGAACUUCAUGGCAUCUUUACCUGUUACGGAACGUCCUUUUGGAAUUAUCUUUGAGGAGCCAACAGGCAAGUAUUUGCCUGAGGAGGUUGGAGCUUGGACUGCUGGUGUACGAAAGAUCAUGGACUCCCGCGGUUGGAGCAAUGGAAACCUCUUCGUCCAUGUUCACAAGAAGUGGGCUCUUGGAGAAAUGGUGCAGCUUGAAUGCCUUAUAAACGGAGCUAACGGUAUCUGGGCAAGCGUUUGUGAAGAGGGAGCUGCUCUUGGUCACGCAUGUUCUACAGUCACGCUGAUGAACCUCGUUCGAAUGGGGAACGAAAAGGUCCUAAAACGCUACAACUGCCCCGCCCUGAGGGACGCUGCAUCUAGCGUGACUAAGAUCACCACUGGCCUUCCACCCCAUCCCAAGCAAGUCAUCUAUGGCGACAGGGCGCUGGACUUAGCAUUUGACUUUGGAAGCAUAGCAGGUGGAACCGUUGGGGAAACCGACUUUGACUUAGCGGCAUUCUUUGGAGUGGAGGCUCCGGUGAGAAUCAGCACCCUUUCCUCCGAGCGUAUGAUCCAGGAAAGGCUGAUAGAUCUAUUUGGUGAGGAUAGGCAGUUUACGAUGGAAAUGGCUGGGGCUAUGAAAGAAAAAAUGCUUGAAGACCUGAGUGGUAAUAGGAAAGAAGAGUACAUGAGCGAGGCAGGUAUAGCAUUGCUGUUUGAUCGCGCAGGAGGAAAACUCACGGCCAACAUGGCUCGAGUGAUUCAACGAGUGAAAGUUACGAGUUUACACGCCCAACAUCUCAUUGAAGAGGUUCGCAGUAUGUGGAACGAGUGGGACAUCGAGGAAGAUAAACCAAAUGACGAUCAGCUAAUGUUCCGCUCUUUCUACAACGGGUUCAUGGCUCCCUACUUUGGUUGCUUCAUGUGCGCUGACACACAGAAGGCCCUGCAAGCCAUCAACAUGGAUAAUGACGGGUACAUCGACUGGAAUGAAUUCCUGGUUUACCUCAAGUGGGCGGUGCGUGAAUAUCCCAACAUCAAAGAUGUCGAUGAGUUGUUACACGUGGCCUUUAAUAAGGGAAUCAUUCCCGCCAUGCGAGAUGAGAUCCAGGCCAAAGAAAGCUUUUGA